CUGCCGGCCGCGCCAUGCCGCGCUCGCGGGGACGGGAGCUGGGGCGCUGCGGCUGCCCCGCGGGGAGGGCUCUCGGCGAAGCCGGGAUUUCGGCACUCGUGCCGGGCGCGGGGAGCCGCUGGGGCCGCCCAAUACCGCUGCUGCCGCCGCCGCCGCCGCCGCCGCUGCUGCUGCUCCUGGGCUGGGGGCUGCUGAGCGCCUCGGCCGCCGCGGGCCAGAACUGCACAUUUCAACUACAAGGUCCCAAUGGGACGGUGGAGAGCCCCGGGUUCCCGUAUGGUUACCCCAAUUAUGCCAACUGCACAUGGACCAUCACCGCCGAGGACCAGCACAGGGUCCAGCUUGUGUUCCAGUCCUUUGCCCUAGAAGAGGAUUUCGAUGUCCUGUCAGUGUUUGAUGGCCCGCCCCAGCCAGAGAACCUGCGAACCAGGCUCACUGGCUUUCAGCUGCCGGCCACCAUUGUCAGUGCUGCCACCACUCUGUCCCUGCGCCUCAUCAGCGACUACGCAGUCAGCGCCCAGGGCUUUCACGCCAGCUAUGAAGUUCUCCCCAGCCACACGUGCGGGAACCCCGGGAGGCUGCCCAACGGCAUCCAGCAGGGCUCCACCUUCAAUCUCGGCGACAAAGUCCGCUACAGCUGCAACCCCGGCUUCUUCCUGGAGGGCCACGCCGUGCUCACCUGCCAUGCUGGCUUUGAGAACAGUGCCAUGUGGGACUUCCCUCUGCCCUCCUGUAGAGCGGACGAUGCCUGCGGUGGGACCCUGAGAGGUCAGAGCGGCAUCAUCUCCAGCCCACACUUCCCUUCUGAGUAUCACAACAACGCUGACUGCACAUGGACCAUUCUGGCUGAGCUCGGAGACACCAUCGCCCUGGUCUUCAUUGACUUCCAGUUAGAGGACGGAUACGACUUUCUGGAGGUCACAGGGACCGAAGGCUCCUCCCUGUGGUUCACUGGAGCCAGCCUCCCAGCCCCUGUUAUCAGCAGCAAGAACUGGCUGAGGCUGCACUUCACAUCAGAUGGCAACCAUCGGCAGCGUGGAUUCAGUGCUCAGUAUCAAGUCAAGAAGCAAAUUGAGCUGAAGUCUCGAGGUGUGAAACUGAUGCCAAGCAAAGACAACAACCAGAAGACAUCUGUGUUAACUCAGGUUGGUGUGUCCCAAGGACAUAAUAUGUGUCCAGACCCUGGCAUACCUGAAAGGGGCAAAAGACUAGGCACAGAUUUCAGGUUAGGAUCCAGUGUCCAGUUUACCUGCAACGAGGGCUACGACCUGCAAGGGUCCAAGCGGAUCACCUGUAUGAAAGUGAGCGACAUGUUUGCAGCCUGGAGCGACCACAGGCCAGUCUGCCGAGCUCGAAUGUGUGAUGCCCACCUUCGAGGCCCCUCAGGCAUCAUCACCUCCCCCAAUUUCCCCAUUCAGUAUGACAACAAUGCACACUGUGUGUGGAUCAUCACAGCGCUCAACCCUGCCAAGGUGAUCAAGCUGGCUUUUGAGGAGUUUGAUUUGGAGAGGGGCUAUGACACCCUGACAGUUGGCGAUGGUGGGCAGGAUGGGGACCAGAAGACAGUUCUCUAUAUCCUGACAGGAACAUCGGUCCCAGAUCUCAUUGUUAGCACCAACCACCAAAUGUGGCUGCUCUUCCAGACAGAUGGCAGUGGCAGCUCUCUGGGAUUCAAAGCCUCCUAUGAAGAGAUCGAGCAGGGCAGUUGCGGCGACCCUGGCAUACCUGCCUACGGCCGGCGGGAAGGUUCCCGCUUUCACCACGGUGACACACUCAAGUUUGAGUGCCAGCCCGCCUUUGAGCUGGUGGGGCAGAAGGCAAUCACAUGCCAAAAGAAUAACCAGUGGUCAGCUAAGAAGCCAGUCUGUGUGUUUUCCUGUUUCUUCAACUUCACCAGCCCCUCUGGGAUUGUCUUGUCUCCCAACUACCCAGAAGACUAUGGCAACCACCUCCACUGUGUCUGGCUCAUCCUAGCUCGACCUGAGAGUCGCAUCCAUCUGGCUUUCAAUGAUAUUGACGUGGAGCCUCAGUUUGAUUUCCUAGUCAUCAAAGAUGGAGCUACUGCUGAGGCCCCAGUCCUGGGUACCUUCUCUGGAAACCAGCUCCCCUCAUCCAUCACAAGCAGCGGCCAUGUGGCCCGCCUCGAAUUCCAGACUGACCACUCCACAGGGAAGAGAGGAUUCAACAUCACCUUUACCACCUUCCGUCACAAUGAGUGCCCGGAUCCUGGUGUUCCAGUCAAUGGCAAACGGUUUGGUGACAGCCUGCAACUAGGCAGCUCCAUCUCCUUCCUGUGUGAUGAAGGCUUCCUUGGCACACAGGGUUCAGAGACCAUCACCUGUGUGCUGAAGGAGGGCAGCGUGGUCUGGAACAGUGCUGUGUUACGCUGUGAAGCUCCCUGCGGUGGUCAUCUGACCUCACCCAGUGGUACCAUCCUUUCUCCAGGCUGGCCUGGCUUCUACAAGGAUGCUCUGAGCUGUGCCUGGGUGAUCGAAGCACAGCCAGGCUACCCCAUCAAAAUCACCUUUGACAGAUUUAAAACUGAGGUUAACUAUGACACCCUGGAAGUACGAGAUGGACGGACGUACUCAGCACCCUUGAUUGGGGUUUACCACGGGACCCAGGUCCCCCAGUUCCUCAUCAGCACCAGCAACUACCUCUACCUCCUCUUCUCUACAGACAAGAGUCAUUCGGACAUUGGCUUCCAGCUCCGCUAUGAAACUAUAACACUGCAAUCAGACCACUGCCUGGAUCCAGGGAUCCCCGUCAACGGGCAACGUCAUGGGAAUGACUUCUAUGUGGGUGCUCUGGUGACAUUCAGCUGUGAUUCAGGCUAUACAUUAAGUGACUCAGAGCCCCUGGAAUGUGAGCCCAACUUCCAGUGGAGCCGGGCCCUGCCCAGCUGCGAAGCACUGUGUGGUGGUUUCAUUCAAGGCUCCACUGGUACCAUCUUGUCACCAGGGUUCCCUGACUUCUACCCCAACAACUUGAACUGCACCUGGAUUAUUGAAACAUCUCAUGGAAAGGGUGUGUUCUUUACUUUCCAUACCUUCCACUUGGAGAGUGGCCACGACUACCUCCUCAUCACUGAGAAUGGCAGCUUUACCCAGCCCCUGCGGCAGUUGACUGGCUCAAGGCUACCAGCUCCCAUCAGUGCUGGGCUCUAUGGCAACUUCACCGCCCAGGUCCGCUUUGUUUCUGAUUUCUCUAUGUCAUACGAAGGAUUCAACAUCACCUUCUCAGAGUACGACUUGGAGCCCUGUGAGGAGCCCGAGGUCCCGGCAUACAGCAUCCGGAAGGGCUUACAGUUUGGUGUGGGUGACACCUUGACCUUCUCCUGCUUCCCCGGGUACCGUCUGGAGGGCACCGCCCGCAUCACGUGCCUGGGGGGCAGACGGCGCCUGUGGAGCUCGCCUCUGCCAAGGUGUGUUGCUGAGUGUGGGAAUUCAGUCACGGGCACCCAGGGUACUCUGCUGUCCCCCAACUUUCCUGUGAACUACAAUAACAAUCAUGAAUGCAUCUACUCCAUCCAGACCCAGCCAGGGAAGGGGAUUCAGCUCAGAGCCAAGGCUUUUGAACUCUCUGAUGGAGAUGUCCUCAAGGUCUAUGAUGGCAGCAACAAUUCCGCCCGUCUGCUGGGGGUCUUCAGUCGCACUGAGAUGUUGGGGGUGACUUUGAACAGCACAUCCAGCAGCCUGUGGCUUGACUUCGUCACGGAUGCUGAAAAUACCAGUAUGGGCUUUGAACUGCAGUUUUCCAGUUUUGAGCUCAUCAAAUGUGAAGACCCAGGAACCCCACAGUUUGGCUACAAGGUUCAUGAUGAAGGUCAUUUUGCAGGAAGCUCUGUGUCUUUUAGCUGUGAUCCUGGCUACAACCUCCGGGGCAGUGAAGAGCUGCUGUGUCUGAGUGGGGAACGAAGGACCUGGGACCGGCCACUGCCCACCUGUGUAGCUGAGUGUGGAGGAAUACUGAGAGGAGAGCUAUCGGGGCAAGUGUUGUCACCCGGCUACCCAGCUCCCUACGAACACAAUCUCAACUGUAUCUGGACCAUAGAAGCAGACGCUGGCUGCACCAUUGGGCUUCACUUUCUGGUGUUUGACACGGAGGAAGUUCACGACGUGCUGCGCAUUUGGGAUGGGCCUGUGGAGAGCGGGGUGCUGCUGAAAGAGCUGAGCGGCCCCAUGCUGCCCAAGGAUCUGCACAGCACCUUCAACUCUGUCGUCCUGCAGUUCAGCACGGACUUCUUCACCAGCAAGCAGGGCUUUGCCAUUCAGUUCUCAGUGUCCACAGCAACAUCCUGCAAUGACCCUGGGGUUCCACAGAAUGGGAGCCGGAGUGGCAACAGUUGGGAAGCCGGUGACUCCACGGUGUUCCAAUGUGAUCCUGGCUACGCACUGCAGGGCAGCGCCGAGAUCAGCUGCGUGAAGAUCGAAAACAGAUUCUUCUGGCAGCCCAGCCCGCCCACAUGCAUCGCUCCUUGUGGGGGAGACCUGACAGGACCAUCCGGAGUCAUCUUGUCACCAAACUACCCAGAGCCCUACCCACCAGGCAAGGAAUGUGACUGGAAAGUGACUGUGUCUGCAGACUACGUCAUCGCCCUGGUAUUUAACAUCUUUAACUUGGAGCCUGGCUAUGACUUCCUCCAUAUCUACGAUGGACGAGACUCUCUCAGCCCGCUCAUAGGAAGCUUUUAUGGCUCCCAGCUCCCAGCCCGCAUUGAAAGCAGCAGCAACAGCCUCUUCCUUGCAUUCCGCAGCGAUGCGUCUGUGAGCAACGCUGGCUUCGUCAUUGACUACACAGAAAACCCACGGGAGUCAUGUUUUGACCCGGGUUCCAUCAAGAACGGCACACGAGUGGGGUCCGACCUGAAGCUGGGCUCUUCUAUCACCUACUACUGCCACGCAGGCUACGAGGUUGAGGGCACCUCCACCCUGAGCUGCGUCCUGGGGCCGGAUGGGAAGCCUGUGUGGAACAACCCACGUCCGCUCUGCACAGCCCCCUGUGGAGGCCAGUAUGUGGGUUCUGAUGGUGUGGUCUUGUCUCCCAACUACCCCCAGAACUACACCAGUGGACAGUCCUGCUUGUACUUUGUCACUGUGCCCAAGGACUAUGUGGUGUUUGGUCAGUUUGCCUUCUUCCACACGGCCCUCAACGACGUGGUGGAAGUGCACGAUGGCCACAGCCAGCACGCUCGGCUCCUCAGCUCACUCUCUGGCUCCCACACAGGAGAGUCACUGCCCCUGGCCACCUCCAAUCAAGUUCUCAUUAAGUUCAGUGCCAAAGGCCAAGCACCAGCCCGAGGCUUCCAUUUUGUCUACCAAGCGGUGCCCCGAACCAGUGCCACACAAUGCAGCUCAGUGCCGGAACCCCGCUAUGGCAAAAGGCUGGGCAGUGAUUUCUCCGUGGGGGCCAUCGUUCGUUUCGAAUGCAACUCCGGCUAUGCCCUGCAGGGGUCCCCAGAAAUUGAGUGCCUCCCUGUGCCUGGGGCAUUGGCCCAGUGGAAUGUCUCAGCACCAACUUGUGUGGUGCCCUGUGGCGGCAACCUCACAGAGCGCAGGGGCACCAUCCUCUCCCCUGGCUUCCCAGAGACCUACCUCAACAGCCUCAACUGUGUAUGGAAGAUCAUGGUGCCAGAAGGAGCUGGCAUCCAGAUCCAGGUCAUCAGUUUUGUCACGGAGCAGAACUGGGACUCCCUGGAAGUGUUCGAUGGUGCAGACAACACUGUAACGAUGCUUGGAAGCUUCUCAGGAACAACCGUGCCUGCCCUCCUGAACAGUACCUCCAACCAGCUCUACCUUCACUUCUACUCGGACAUCAGUGUAUCUGCUGCAGGGUUCCACUUGGAGUACAAAACGGUGGGUCUGAGCAGUUGUCCUGAACCAGCUGUGCCCAGUAAUGGGGUGAAGACUGGUGAACGCUACUUGGUGAAUGAUGUGGUCUCUUUCCAGUGUGAGCCAGGAUAUGCUCUCCAGGGCCACGCCCACAUCUCCUGCAUGCCUGGAACAGUACGGCGAUGGAACUACCCUCCUCCACUCUGUAUUGCACAGUGUGGGGGAGCUGUGGAAGAGAUGGAGGGGGUGAUCCUGAGUCCCGGCUUUCCAGGCAACUACCCCAGUAAUAUGGACUGCUCAUGGAAGAUCGCACUGCCAGUGGGCUUUGGAGCUCACAUCCAGUUCCUGAACUUCUCCACGGAGCCCAACCAUGACUUCAUAGAAAUUCGGAAUGGCCCCUACGAGACCAGCCGCAUGAUGGGCAGAUUCAGCGGAAGUGAGCUGCCAGGUUCCCUUCUCUCCACAUCCCACGAGACCACUGUGUAUUUCCACAGCGACCACUCCCAGAACCGGCCAGGAUUUAAGCUGGAGUACCAGGCCUAUGAACUUCAAGAGUGCCCAGAUCCAGAGCCCUUUGCUAAUGGCAUAGUGAGAGGGGCUGGCUAUAAUGUUGGACAAUCAGUGACCUUCGAGUGCCUGUCAGGAUAUCAACUAAUAGGCCACCCUGUCCUCACGUGUCAACAUGGCACCAAUCGGAACUGGGACCAUCCGCUGCCCAGGUGUGAAGUCCCCUGCGGUGGGAACAUCAGCUCUCCGAAUGGCACCGUGUACUCCCCGGGAUACCCCAGUCCAUACUCCAGCUCCCAAGACUGUGUCUGGCUGAUCACUGUGCCCAUUGGUCAUGGGGUCCACCUCAACCUCAGCCUGCUACAGACAGAGCCCUCUGGAGACUUCAUCACUGUCUGGGAUGGACCACAGCAGACGUCUCCACAGCUUGGCGUCUUCACCCGGAGCCUGGCCAAGAAAACCGUGCACAGCUCCACCAACCAGGUCCUGCUCAAGUUCCACCAGGAUGCGGCCACAGGAGGGAUCUUUGCCAUCGCCUUCUCUGCUUAUCCACUCACCAAAUGUCCUCCUCCCACCAUCUUCCCCAAUGCUGAAGUAGUCACUGAGAAUGAAGAAUUCAACAUAGGUGACAUCGUGCGCUAUAGGUGCCUACCUGGCUUUACCUUAGUGGGGAAUGAAAUCCUGACCUGCAAACUUGGAACCUAUCUGCAGUUUGAAGGCCCACCCCCCAUUUGUGAAGUACACUGCCCAACAAAUGAGCUUCUGACAGACUCCACUGGCGUCAUCCUGAGCCAGAGCUACCCUGGAAGCUACCCCCAGUUCCAGACCUGCUCUUGGCUGGUGAGAGUCGAGCCAGACUACAACAUCUCCCUGACGGUGGAAUACUUCCUCAGUGAGAAGCAGUAUGAUGAGUUUGAGAUCUUUGAUGGUCCCUCAGGACAAAGUCCUCUACUGAAAGCCCUCAGUGGGAAUUAUUCAGCUCCCCUGAUUGUCACCAGCACCGGCAACUCUGUGUACCUGCGCUGGUCAUCUGACCAUGCCUACAAUCGGAAGGGCUUUAAGAUUCGGUAUUCAGCUUCUUACUGCAGCCUGCCCAGGGCUCCACUCCAUGGCUUCAUUCUGGGUCAGACCAGCACCCAGCCAGGUGGCUCCAUCCACUUUGGUUGUAACGCAGGAUACCGCUUGGUGGGACACAGCAUGGCCAUCUGUACCCGGCACCCCCAGGGCUACCACCUGUGGAGUGAGGCCAUUCCUCUCUGUCAAGCUCUUUCCUGCGGCCUUCCUGAUGCCCCCAAGAAUGGAAUAGUGUUUGGCAAGGAGUACACGGUGGGGACCAAGGCUGUGUACAGCUGCAAUGACGGUUACCACCUCCAGGCAGGUGCUGAGACCACCACAGAGUGUUUGGAUACAGGCCUGUGGAGCAAUCGCAACAUCCCCCCACUGUGUGUCCCUGUCACCUGCCCUGAUGUCAGCAGCAUCAGCGUGGAGCAUGGCCGGUGGAGGCUUAUCUUUGAGACCCAGUACCAGUUCCAGGCCCAGCUGAUGCUCAUCUGUGACCCUGGCUACUACUACACUGGCCAAAGGGUCAUCCGCUGCCAGGCCAAUGGCAGGUGGAGCCUUGGAGACUCUAUGCCCACUUGCCAAAUCAUCUCCUGUGGAGAGCUCCCCGUGCCCCCCAGCGGGCACCGCAUCGGGACAUUGUCUGUCUAUGGGGCAACUGCCAUCUUCUCCUGCAAUUCCGGAUACACGCUGGUGGGCUCCAGGGUGCGGGAGUGCAUGGCCAAUGGGCUCUGGAGUGGCUCUGAAGUCCACUGCCUUGCUGGACACUGUGGGACUCCUGAGCCUAUUGUCAACGGACACAUCAAUGGGGAAAACUACAACUACCGGGGCAGUGUGGUGUACCAGUGCAAUGCUGGCUUCCGCCUCAUUGGCAUGUCUGUGCGCAUCUGCCAGCAAGACCAUCACUGGUCGGGCAAGACUCCUUUCUGUGUGCCAAUUACCUGUGGACACCCAGGCAACCCUCUCAAUGGCCUCACUCAGGGAAACCAGUUCAAUCUCAACGAUGUGGUCAAGUUUGUUUGCAACCCUGGGUACAUAUCUGAGGGGGCUGCUAGGUCCCAGUGCCUGGCCAGUGGGCAGUGGAGUGAUGCACUGCCCACCUGCAGAAUCAUCAACUGUACAGAUCCCGGGCACCAAGAAAACAGCAUCCGACAAGUCCAUGCCAGCGGCCCACACAGGUUCAGCUUCGGAACCACUGUGUCCUACCAGUGCAACCACGGCUUCUAUCUCCUAGGCACCCCAGUGCUCAGCUGCCAGGGAGAUGGCACCUGGGACCGACCCCGCCCACAGUGUCUCUUGGUAUCCUGCGGCCAUCCAGGAUCUCCACCUCAUUCCCAGAUGUCUGGAGACAGUUUUACCGUAGGGGCCGUGGUGCGUUACAGCUGUACGGGCAAGCGGACUCUGGUGGGAAAUGCCACCCGAAUGUGUGGGCUGGAUGGACACUGGACGGGCUCCCUCCCCCACUGCUCAGGAACCAGCACAGGUGCUUGUGGUGACCCUGGGAUCCCAGCCCAUGGCAUCCGACUGGGGGACAGCUUUGCCACGGGCAGUCUGAUGCGUUUCAGCUGUGAAGCUGGCCAUGUGCUCCGGGGAUCAUCAGAACGGACCUGCCAGGCCAGUGGCUCCUGGAGUGGCUCGCAGCCUGAGUGUGGAGUGAUCUCUUGUGGGAACCCCGGGACUCCAAGCAAUGCCCGCGUUGUGUUCAGUGACGGCCUGGUUUUCUCCAGCUCCAUCGUCUAUGCGUGUCGGGAAGGCUACUACGCCACAGGCCUGCUCAGCCGACACUGCUCCGUCAAUGGCACCUGGACAGGCAGCGACCCAGAGUGCACAGUCAUCAACUGCGGUGACCCUGGGAUUCCAGCCAAUGGCAUCCGGCUGGGCAACGACUUCAGAUAUAACAAAACAGUGGCAUUCCAGUGUGUCCCUGGCUACACGAUGGAGUCACACAGAGUGUCUGUGCUGAGCUGCACCAAGGACCGGACAUGGAAUGGGACCAAGCCAGUCUGCAAAGCUAUCAUGUGCAAGCCCCCUCAGCUCGUCCCCAAUGGGAAAGUGGUGGGUUCUGACUUCAUGUGGGGCUCAAGCGUAACUUAUGCCUGCCUUGAGGGAUACCAGCUGUCCUUGCCUGCGGUGCUCACCUGUGAGGGAAAUGGAUCCUGGACCGGAGAGCUACCUCAGUGCUUCCCUGUGUUCUGCGGAGAUCCUGGUGUUCCUCCCCGUGGGAGGAGAGAGGACCGAGGCUUCUCCUACAGGUCAUCUGUGUCCUACUCCUGCCAUCCUCCUCUGGUGCUGGUGGGCUCUCCACGGAGGUUUUGCCAGUCUGAUGGGACGUGGAGCGGCACGCAGCCCAGCUGCAUAGAUCCCACGCUGACCAUGUGUGCGGACCCCGGCAUGCCGCAGUUCGGGAUACAGAACAAUUCCCAGGGCUACCAGGUUGGGAGCACGGUGCUCUUCCGCUGUCAGAAAGGUUACCUGCUUCAGGGCUCCACCACCAGGACCUGCCUCCCCAACCUGACCUGGAGCGGGACGCCACCCGACUGUGUCCCCCACCACUGCAAGCAGCCAGAGACGCCAACACAUGCCAAUGUUGGGGCCCUGGACUUGCCCUCCAUGGGCUACACGCUCAUCUACUCCUGCCAGGAGGGCUUCUCCCUGAAGGGCGGCUCAGAGCACCGCACCUGCAAAGCGGACGGCAGCUGGACAGGCAAACCGCCCAUCUGCCUGGAGGUCCGGCCCAGUGGGAGACCUAUCAACACUGUACGGGAGCCUCCGCUCACUCAAGCCUCAGUUCCAGGGGAUGUUUUUGCCAAAAAUUCCCUAUGGAAAGGAGCCUAUGAGUACCAGGGGAAGAAGCAGCCAGCCAUGCUCAGAGUGACUGGCUUCCAGGUGGCCAACAGCAAGGUCAAUGCCACCAUGAUUGAUCACAGUGGUGUGGAGCUGCACCUGGCUGGACAUUACAAGAAAGAAGAUUUCCAUCUCUUACUCCAGGUCUACCAGAUCACAGGGCCUGUGGAGAUUUUUGUGAAUAAGUUCAAAGAUGACCACUGGGCUCUAGAUGGGCAUGUCUCUUCGGAAUCCUCUGGAGGCACCUUCAUCUACCAAGGCUCCGUCAAGGGCCAAGGCUUCGGGCAGUUCGGCUUUCAAAGACUUGACCUCCGGUUGUUGGAGUCAGACCACGAGUCCAUCGGCCGCCACUUUGCUUCCAAUAGCAGCUCCGUGGCUGCCGCCAUCCUGGUGCCUUUCAUUGCCCUCAUCAUCGCAGGCUUCGUGCUCUACCUGUACAAGCACAGGAGAAGACCCAAAGUCCCAUUCAAUGGCUACGCAGGCCAUGAGAACACCAAUGUGCGAGCCACGUUUGAGAACCCCAUGUACGAUCGCAACAUCCAGCCCACAGACAUCAUGGCCAGCGAGGCGGAGUUCACAGUCAGCACAGUGUGUACUGCAGUAUAGCCCCCAGAGCUGGCUGCCACCGCCACCGCCACCGAGAGCCCCGCCUUCAGCAGCUGCUCCCCAGGGGGCAGGAAGGAGCUCCCCUGAGCACAGUGCCCAGUGCCCAUCUUCGUCUGUCUCUCUGCCUGUGUCUGCCGCUGCUGGACUGGGGCCUUUGCCCGCCACCAUCUGCGCCUGCCACCCUGGAGAGGACUCCCUCUGUUUCCUGGAUUGGGGCAGUAAAGGAAGAGGAGGGGCUGCAGACAGGAAGAAGUUUAUGGAUUUAAGAUAGCAGAGCAACUGGUAGAUAUGUAUGCAUGUGUGUGUAUGUAUGUGCAUAUGUGCACAUGUGUGUGUGCAGGCUGUGUCCUAUGGAAGAGACUUUCUAAAAAGAAAAUGUGUGUGUGUAUGUGUGUGUGUGUGUACGAUGCCCUGUGCCCUGCUCCCCAUAAACACAAAGAAGAGGUGACGCAAGGAGGGGCCCAUCAGCUCUGAAACCGACCUGCCCCUAUCCCAUGUCCCAUGGGGGCCUGUGCCAUCUGCAUAGGAUGACUAUGGACAGGAAAGGAAAACAAGCCUGCCAUGGCACCCAACAAGGAAUGGCCUCCUCUUCCUGAGGUUCUCCUCCGUGCCUGACACUGUUCACAUGUAUCAUUUCUAGUCUGUAAACCACCACCAAAGCUGGAUUUGUUAUUAUUGUUUUACAAAUGGGGAAACAAGGCCCAGGAAGGUAGAGGCAUGAGCCACAAAAUAAGAAUCGAGCUAGAAUGCAGACUCAAAUUUCCUUCACCCCGAAGUCCACCUGCUGCCAGAAACCUAGGUCUGGAAGAGAGACCAGAGGCUGGAGGAACAGGGUAGUCCCUCCAUUGUCAUUGUGGCUAGGUCUAGCAGGACACACAGGGG